GAAAUUUCUUUUCUCAUCUAUGUUUUCACAUUCUGCCGCUUUGCUAACUUUGUGAGACCAUGAUCCAAAUUUUUUGCAAUAAACUUUCGACAAGAGAAAAAUAGCCUAUCUUGUGCAGAAUUUGACGCUCUUUCUAAUGAUAUCCUCGGAAAAACUUUAUGUGCAUUUUUUUAUCUGGAAUCAGAAGCUUGUUUUACGAAGAUAGGGGUUUUUGAUAUAAGAAGAUAUUUUGAAUAUCUUUAAUAUACCUUCUCACAAUUUUUAAGAGCAUCAAAGUCUUUGUCAAAACAUAUGUAGUCUACGUAACUUUUGAUGCUCUAUCCAAUAAUAUAGUUUAAAUUUAAUUUCACUUCAUUGAAGAAGUGAAAACUUAUUUUUCUCGAACUACAUAGUGAUAUUUUUGUGAUUUAACGUUUCUACUACUUAAUUUCUUCAACGGUAGAAAAGUUAAACUAAUUUUCGCAAAUCUAUUUUUUUCAGCAUAUAGCUGAGUGUCUCCUCUCUCGAAUGGAUGCUGAGAAAGAAUCAUCUGACUUAACAAAAUUAGCAUUAACUCAAUAUUUUUAUAUUUUGUGGAAGGGGGUCCUAUAAUUAUGAGACACCUGAAAUUCGAAAGUUUUUGAAUUUAAUCAUUAAUACUAAUUGAUCAAAUCCAAAUCAAUAUAGUACAUGAUAGGCUGCUACUAUGCGUCCAUGGCUAUGACAUUAGAUUGGUAAUGAAACCUUCUUUAGUUGGAGAAACCUUUAUUGUUUUCAAAAUUUGAGGAGGGGUUCUAUAAUUUUGAGACCACCUGUAUAUAUACGUGUUUUCUCUAGUCAUCAUGGUUGGUUGGUUGGUUAGUUCGAUCUUCUCCUUUUCUCUCUCCACCUAUCCUUGUGAUGUGUGCAAUAUAUGUGUGUAUGUGUGUGCGCGGUUUAUUCUCGAAAUAAAGUAUUAGAAAAACUCUAAAAGAAUCUUCCUCUAAUAAAUAGUGUAUGAUAAGUUUUGCAUUUUAUUUUUUAGUUUAUGAAGAUUAUAUAUUUGCUGAUGUACGUAAACGUCAUGAUCUUGCUUUUGCAUGGCUUUAUCAAGAAUAUGUUUAUGCUAAUGAAUAUUUAAGUAUGUUAGAUCCGAAUAAAAGAAAAGAUUUUACUAAAUAUGAUGAUACAUUAUGCCAAUUACUUGAAUAUUUACAAGAAAAACCAGAUCAACGUGAUGGAAAUAAUGCAAUACGUAUUGCAAAAAAUUUACAUGAAAAAGAAGAAUUUAAACAACCAAUUGAACGACAUGCUUUGAAAUUUUUGAAACAUUUAACAGCAGCACAACCACCUGAAGCACAUUUUGGUGAAGAUAAAAAAUCAUCAACAAUAGUAAAUGAUACUUGGACAGAACAUUCAAUUCGUCUUUGUCUUCCAUUAUAUCUUAGUUUAAUACCAUCGUAUCAUUAUCUAAUACUAUCAUUAGCAACGAUUUAUACAGCAGUUAAUGGGGAUAUUAAACAGUUGAUUAUUGAGGUUCGUGAAAUGGGUAUGGGUAGUCCAGAAAUAUUAAAACUUGUUGAAAAUUGUCCGAAAGGUGCUGAAACAUUAAUUACGCGUAUUAUUCAUACUCUUACUGAACAAACACCACCAUCACCUGAACUGGUUGAGAAAGUACAAGAUUUGUAUCAUAAACGAGUGUCUGAUGUUCGUUUUCUUAUACCAGUACUUACUGGUUUGGAAAAGAGGGAAAUUAUUAAUGGAUUGCCGAAAUUGAUUAAACUUUCACAACCAGUGGUUAAAGAAGUUUUUAACCGACUUUUGAUUCGUAAUGCAUCUUCUGAAACUUCACAUGCUAGUCUAAUCUUACCAUCUAAAUUAUUAAUUGCUCUUCAUCAAAUCUCACCUGAAGAAUGUGAAUUAAAAACAAUAAUGAAUGCAACAACAUUAUGUCUAAAUGAACGUGCAAUUUAUACUCAUGAUAUUCUUGCUGUUGCUAUUCAACAACUUGUUGAUAUUAAUCCAAUACCCGUUUUGUUCAUGCGAACGGUUUUACAAGCACUUAGUUUCGUUUCAAAUAUGAUUGGUUUUGUUAUGAAUAUUUUAUAA